AUGCUGCCACAACAAUGGGUGCCGGAACAGAGAGUCCGUGAAAGUAAGGCAAAUCAACGCAGGAGCCUAGCGAAAAGACUAGCCUUCAUUAGGUUGGGAAAAAAUGUUUUGAACCCUAGCGAUGCCGGCCACAUCAACGUGGUGUCAGGGUCCAGUACCCCGUAUCAUCGGGGGAAGCCAAGAGCUAGCAGCGUUCCUCUCAUGGGGAACACUGCUGUGCUCCGGCUACGGCAUCAUACAGCACAGGGAUCAGCAGCGUCUUGCUGGGACACCGUUUUUCAUUUGUCGGUCCCUGGGCACGUGGCUAGCGUGCCAUCAGCAGUAUCAUCCGCACUAAGAUGCUGCUGUCCGGUGAUGAUGUUUCGAAUGAUGUAUUUUUAG